CCGCCUUGGCUUCACCGGAGAAGAAGAAGUAGAAAUCGGAUUAGUUGCAAACGGCAAUGCAUUGCGGAUGUGCUUUCGUUUCACAAUCUGCGUCACCGCGUCUCCCAUUUGAAUAUAAAAGCUCAAUUUUAAAGCUUCGAGCUUCAUCAGCUCAAUUCCCGAGAACCCAGAUUCAGAUAAUAAACCCUUCAGAUGAACUUCUUCUUAUUAACAACAGUUUAGAUAAGUCUCCGGAGAAUAGAGUUUCGCUGCCGUCUCAUGUGAAUUCCAUUACCAGCACUUCAAACCCUUUUGUCAAACACUGUCUGAAACUCCGCCAAAGCUCCUCUUAUCGCCACGCUCAUGGCUCUGUUCUUGUCGUCGGUGCUAUCCCAAUUAGGGAAGUGUGUAUUUAUCAAGAGCAUAAGCUAGGUAUCACAACUGAAAUUGAGUGUCUACUUCUCCACGAGGAAGCUCAGGUUCCUCAAGGAUUAGAGUCUCUAAGUAUCCGAACUGUUCGAGUAAGUUCUUUGGUUAUGAAGAAACUCUCUGGUGUGCAAUCUACUGAAUCUGUUGAAGCCAUUGCCUUGAUGAGAAUCCCUAGCAGCUUCAUUGAUCUUAAAGAUGAUGAAGACAUUGUCAAAGACUGCAGUAAAUGGUUCCCUUGUGCUCACCGAGUUCUUGUUCUAGACAGCAUACAGGACCCGGGGAACCUUGGCACGUUAAUCAGAUCAGCAAUGGCUUUUAAUUGGGAUGGUGCAUUUCUGCUUCCGGGUUGUUGUGAUCCGUUCAAUGACAAAGCACUUCGAGCAAGCCGAGGUGCUUCGUUUCAACUGCCUAUAGUUUCAGGCAACUGGAACCACCUUAAGCUUCUAGAACGUGAGUUCAAGAUGAAGCUAUUAGCUGGUCAUCCAUCAACUACUACUAAGAAACCAAAACCUGUCUCCAGACUUAACCAAGAGUUUGCUCAGUCUGUAGCAGAGAAGCCUUUAUGCUUGAUUUUAGGUAGUGAAGGGAACGGUUUGUCUCAGCAGUCACGGAAAGUAUGCGAGCUUGUGAGCAUUCCCAUGGCAGGUGAAUUUGAAUCUCUUAACGUCUCUGUUGCUGGUGGCAUUUUCUUGUUCGUGCUUCAAUCUUGUUCCGGUUUUUAAUACCAAAAUAUAAAGAAAAACACUUGUGAAUCUUAUAGUUAUGCAAAUUAGCAAUCAUAUAAAAA